AUGUUUCUCCUACUUGCGGUUUGUAUUCUCAUCUCCUCUAUUGCUGCUGCACCAGUUGCAAACACAACCCAGCUCACACCUGAGCAACUGAAGAAGAGUUUAGAGCCUCUGAUAGCAUUUGAGAAGUAUUUCGAUGAAGCUUAUCUCACCGCUAUCAAAACAGUAUUCAGCAGCGAUAGAUUACUCCAACAGGCUGCUGAUUUUAUUAACAAAAUGAAUGAAAAUAAGAUUGCUCGCCCUAAAACCCAUGAGGAGGCUGUUCGCUUAUUGGAAUCAGAAUACCCUGAACUCGGAUCAGUUAUGCGAGCAGUCACUAAUGAUUAUGAGAAUAGAUAUCAAACUCUCUCAGCUGAUGCCAAGAAGUUCCUCGAUGAUAUUGAGAAGCGUGCCUAUCAGAUGAGCGAAGAGAUGUCCAAAGCUAGCGAACAAGUCAAAACUACUGGCAAUAUGACUGAUCCACUUGGACUCGUUCGCACCUUGAGUAAAUUGUUCCUGGAAAACUUCAAGCAAUAUCAAGCACUCGACCAAAACGUGCUCGGAGAGUUGAAGCAGAACUGGCCAAAGUUGAAUGACUUCCUUAACAGCAACGUCUUCGCCAGCUUAAUCCGAAUGGUUGAGAACACUCUGAGCAUGAGCGACACAGAUUUGAAAGAGUAUAUUAGUAAAUUCAACGCCUUUUUAUGA